AUGUACCCGCGCACCUCAAGAAACGUCUUGAAGAUGUGGCUUGACGGGUCUAGAGCGACUCAAGAUGGACAAGAAGUUCUCGUUGAGCAAAGCUUGGCCAAAACUUGGGACCUACACGGCAAAUAUCCUAUACAGGCGAUCGAGCAUCUCAUUCGAGCCUCGGGGCUGUAUUCCGAGGUUGGAGAUCGCCUUGGCGUAGCAGAAUGCCAGCAGUCCUUAGCCAACAUCUACCGCAUGCGCAAGAAAGACAGCCUAUCCAUCGACAGCUACACUCGUGCUCACAAGCUCUACAUCGAGAUCGGCGACCAACGCAGGGGGGCGAAAUGCGAGCAGGACUUGGCCGACAUUCAUUGCUCGCGCGGCGACCAUGUCCAGGCCAUCGAACACUUCGCUCGAGCCCUGGAGCUAUACUCUGAUAUCGGAGAUCGGCCCGGCGUGGCGGAGUGUCAACGACUUAUGGGUGACAUUCAUCGCGUACGAAACGAGUAUGACCAGGCCAUGGAAAGACUCGUACAAGCCCUAGAGGUAUUCUCCGAAAUCGGGGAUCACAUCGGGAUGGCGAGGUGCCAGCACAGUCUAGGUACCAUCCACUGCGCGCGAGACGAGUACGAGCAGGCCGUUGAGACGCUCGUUCAGGCUGAAAGAGUAUUCUCCGAGAUGGGACAGGAUUAUCGCGUCCACGCUACAGAUUGUCUGCAGAGCCUUGGCAACCUGCACCGCGUGCACGAGGAGUACGAUGCGGCAAGGGAAGAGCUCGGCCGUGCUCUCGAGUUGGCUGCAGUCACAGGAGACCGCCAUGAGAUCGCGUGGUCUAGGGUGUACAUGGGCCUGCUCGAGCACGAUCAACGUCGGUUUGCUGAUGCGGUCCAGAGCGUCGAGGCCGCUCGGUCCUUGUUCACGGAGAUACAAGAGGAGUUUGGUAUAAAGUACUGCUUGGAUCUUCUGACUCGAAUAUCGAAAGAUAUGGCUGAUGACGAAGGCCUAGGGGAUAGCCACGUUGUUUUGUCGGACGACUUGGCGACUCUGGGAUGA